GUUCUCAGCAGCAAAAGUGCCAAUGCGAGUGCACGUCUGCCCGUCAAUGCUGCUGCAGUCCAUCCGUGCGCUGGUAUCGAGAUCCAGCUGCAGCGCACAAGCUCAAGCUCAAGCGUCAGGGUCGUCGUCAUCCACACUGAGUGGACUGAGUGGACUGAGUGGCCGCCAUCAUGCUGGUGCUGCUGCUCCAUCUCUUGGCUUACAAUGCCGAUCACUGUCGACGGCACCACGCUCGGACUCGCGCACGGUGGCAUCUCCAUCGGAUGCUUAUUGUGAUUCUACUGUCAUUGCUACUGCUGCUGCUGCUUCCGAUCGCAAGCUGCUGGUCGUGAUGGGCAUCGAGUCGACAUGCGAUGACUCUGCAGCCGCAAUCCUCGCUCUCGAUGAAGCCGGCACUCAGUCCAGCAAGAGCUCUGGGAACAAGGCCAAAGUCUACCCGUAUCACCCAUUGACCAUUCGGCUGACUGGCGCCGGGUUUGCUGCACGCAACCCAUCACAACCGCCGCCAGACACUCGAGCAACUCCAGCUGCCAAUCCGCCUGAAUCGCAGCCAGAAGCACAACCUGCCGAAGCCCAGCCGACACACCCAGAGGAAUUUGCAGCGGCCGUGCUUGGGGAAGGCGUGUCCAGCGCGUGGAGUGCGCUCGUUCGGCAGGGCGGAGUGCAUCCGCUGCAUGCGAUGCAACACCACGUUACCCAUCUGCCAACAGUGUGCAAAGAUGUGCUAGCUGUCAGCGGGAAGGCGAUGAGUGACGUCAACUUUCUCGCUUACUCGUAUGCACCUGGGAUUGCUUCGUGCCUGCUCAAAGGACGCGAGGUCGUCACCCAGCUUGCUCGCGACCACCAACUCCCUGUGGUGCCGGUGCAUCACCAUGAGGCGCACAUUCUCACUGCGACCUUGACAGAACCACAGCUGCAGUUUCCCUAUCUGGCGCUGUUGGCAAGUGGAGGUGACUUCCAACUCUUGUACGUGGCCGGCUUGAACGAGUACAAGCUCCUCGGCAAGGCGCUGGACGACGCGCCCGGAGACGCGCUUGACAAGAUGGCGCGUACGCUCGUCACUGACGUGGCUCAGGGCGGCAGUGCCGGAGCUGCGCUCGAACGUCUAGCCCUGACUGGCGACCCGAACGCAUUCGAGUUCCCAGACAUCAUGGCCAACCGGCUCAACUGCGACGUCUCGUUCACCGGUCUCAAGGCCAGCGUCCAUCGCGCCAUCACAAAGUCGCUGAUGGAUCACGGGCACGAUCCAGUCGAGUUUCUUCGUGCCCAGAGCAAGGAGCGCUUCGACCCUACACUGGUCCUGCGUCCCGAUUUGCAACUGGUCCGGCGUGUGCAGCAGCGCGCCUCGCCCCGGCUGCAGUCCAAGCAAGAGGUGCAGCCCACAACAGCGCCGCCGACCAGCACAACACAGAGCCCUGCCACGGGCGUCCCCGGUGCAGCCGAUAUUGCCGCCUCCUUGCUGAGCGCUGCGGUUCGGCACAUUUCGCAGCGAUGCAUGCGCGCCUUCCUUGCAUGCGCAGCAUUGGGAUUCAAGCCGCCUCGAGCGCUGGUGCUUGGCGGAGGUGUCACCGCCAACACGCAACUGCGAGAAUCCCUUGCGGCCCUUGUUCGCAGUCAAGGCAUCCCGUUAGUGACGCCACCACGCCACCUCUGCACCGACAAUGCUGUCAUGAUUGCCUGGUGUGCCAUGAAGCACUUGCAGAACGGCACUGCCAAAAUUGUCCAGCCCGGUGAGCUGGAUUCCCUAGAAAUCCACUCGACCCUGCCGAUCGGCGUGGAUAUUCGCGACCGUGUUGCAGCGCAGGGCAUUCGAGUAUCCAUGUCGCGCGAUCCCAUUGCCAUCCACAAGCGUUUUGCUGCUGAUAUGGCGACUCUGCGCAAGGGACAACGAGUGCAAGUCUGA